GGAAGCGCAGGCAAACAAAGAGGAAGCGCGUGUGCUUGACUUAAAGGGGGACGCGGUGUGCAGCGAGCACAAUUGUUUGCUUCGGUACGCCAUUUCAAACAAACAAAAAGAGAAGAAAAUCGGAAUUAGGACGAGAAGAGAACACAAAUACCGAUGAGAUAUCACACUGCCCUCUGUAAGAUGCCCCACCUUCCAAUGUAACCCGGAUGCAUGGGCUCGGCUUUUGCAAGGCAGCAAGAACCCUCUGCAGGACUUUCCGUCUGUGCCAGACACAAAGCACGUGUCCGUUCCUCCUGCAGUACUGUUGCCCUCUGAUCCACGCUUGGGGCUUUGCCUUGUCAGCGAGACCGCCGUCGAGACGCUUCGGUCUCUCAUCUCAGGCUUUCCUCGCCGUCUCUCGGGCCACGUGGCAGGACGAGCGGACGACCAUGGCUGAGCAGAGAUUCUGUGUGGAGUAUGCCAAGCGAGGCCAGGCAGGCUGCAAAAAAUGCAAGGAGAGGAUCAUGAAGGGGCUGGUGCGCAUCGGGAAGAUUGUGCCCAACCCGUUCAGCGAGUCUGCAGGAGAGAUGAAGGAGUGGUAUCACGUCAAGUGCAUCUUCGAAAAGCUGGAGCGUGCGCGGGCCACCACCAAGAAGAUCGAGGACAUUACUGACCUGGAGGGCUGGGAAGAAUUGCAGGAUGAGGAAAAAGAGCUGAUCAAUAAGCUUGUUGCAGAACUGGCUGCUAAGGCUAACGCAAGUCCAAAGAAGAAGGUGCAGGCCAAGUUAAACACCAGCGGCCAGUUAUCAGCUCCUCCUGCUGAUCCGACGGUGAACGCGCCACGCAAGUUUUCCGGCUUCACAGCAACAAAGGCAGGUCCAUCUUCGUCGAGUCCAGGGCCAUCACCCGCAAAAGCGUCUCAGGGCAGCACGCUGUCCACUCAGUUUUGCCAGCAGGACCACAAGGACUGUCUGUUCCGCGAGUUCCGCAAGCUCUGCGCCAUGGUGGCCGAGAAGUCCAGCUACAAUGCAAAGACAGAGAUCAUCAAGGACUUCCUAAAGAAGGGUUCUGCUGGAGACAAGUUUAAAGGAGAUCUCUACCUGACAGUGAAGCUGCUCCUCCCAGGCGUAGUGAAAAGCGUUUACAACCUCAACGACAAGCAAAUUGUCAAACUCUUCAGCCGCAUCCUGAACUGCAACCAGGACGAGAUGGUGCGCGACCUAACACAGGGAGACGUGUCCGAGACGGUGAGGAUGUUUUUUGAAGCCAGCAACUCGUUUCCUCCUUCAACCAAGAGUUUGCUGACCAUCCAGGAAGUGGACGCUUCGCUAACUCGCCUGGCUCAGCUCACUAAGGAAGACGAGCAGCAGGCAGAACUGGAGGACAUCGCGAAAAAAUGCACUGGGAACGACUUGAAGUGUUACAUCCGUCUGGUGAAACAUGAUCUGAAGAUUAAUUCCGGUGCCAAACACGUCCUGGAUGCUUUAGACCCCAACGCCUACGACGCCUUCAAAGCCUCUCGAAACCUCGGCGACGUGAUCGACAGAGUCCUGCGCAAUCAGCAGGAGGCAUCGAACGGCGGCGGCCCGAGGAAGCACUUGAGUGUCGAGGCCACACUUAUGACCCCCGUGCAGCCCAUGCUGGCCGAAGCCUGCAAGUCCAUCGAGUACGCCAUGAAGAAGUGCCCCAACGGAAUGUACUCUGAGAUCAAGUACGACGGCGAGCGCGUGCAAGUGCACAAGAACGGUGACCACUUCAGCUACUUCAGCCGCAGCCUCAAACCCGUGCUGCCUCACAAGGUGGCCCAUUUUAAAGACUUCAUACCGCAGGCUUUUGCCGGAGGCCAGAGCAUGAUCCUAGAUGCUGAGGUUCUUCUGAUUGAUACCAAGACCAGUAAGCCUCUGCCGUUCGGGACGCUGGGAGUUCACAAAAAAGCGGCGUUUCAAGACGCACAAGUGUGCCUGUUUGUUUUUGACUGCGUUUAUUUUAACGGUGUCAGCCUCAUGGACAAGCCGCUUUGUGAGAGAAGAAAAUUUCUUCAUGAUAACAUGGUGGAGGUUCCGAACAGGAUUCUGUUUUCGGAGAUGAAGCACGUCACGAGAGCUGCUGACCUGGCGGAAAUGAUCACGCGAGUCAUCAGAGAAGGACUGGAAGGACUCGUUCUGAAAGAUGUCAAGGGGGCGUAUGAACCUGGUAAACGUCACUGGCUGAAGGUGAAGAAAGAUUACCUGAAUGAAGGUGCGAUGGCAGACACGGCCGAUUUAGUGGUCCUGGGGGCGUUUUUCGGAACCGGCUCAAAAGGUGGAAUCAUGUCCAGUUUCCUCAUGGGCUGCUACGAUCCCACGACAAAAAAAUGGUGCACAGUGACGAAAUGCUCCGGAGGCUAUGACGACGCCACGCUGGCCAGGCUGCAGAAGGAGCUGGACGUCAUUAAAAUCGGCAAGGAUCCCAGCAAGAUUCCACCCUGGCUAAAAAUAGUCAAGAACUACUAUCCAGAUUUUCUCAUCCGAGAUCCUGAGAAAGCCCCAGUUUGGGAGAUCACAGGAGCCGAGUUCUCCAAGUCAGAAAUGCACACCGCUGACGGCAUCUCCAUCCGAUUUCCGCGAUGCACUCGUAUGCGUGAUGAUAAGGACUGGAAGACGGCCACCAACCUUCCCCAGCUCAAGGAACUUUACCGCGUUUCGAAGGAGAGGUGCGACUUUGAGGUGACCGAAAGGCCGUCUACAAGCAGCAAAGACGACAAAGGCUCGUCAGGAGGAGACAGCGGAGGCAGCUCACCGUCCACCUCCAAUGGAGCAGCAAGCUCAAAGCUAGCCAAAAAUGGUCAUACUCCAAAGCGAAAGCCGGCGAAACCCGUAACUCCAUCCCCUGCCAAGAGGAAGCUGCCCACUGAGGAACACUGCGCAAAGAAGAUUAAGGUCGAAACAUUUCACGACAACGGGCAAAGCAAAGCAACCGCUUCUCCAGCUAAGGCUGCUGACCCGCAGCCUGAAAAGACUCUGCUGAACAUCUUCACCGGCGUAAAACUGCACCUCCCAGAAUCGGUGCAGGAGUUUGAGAAGCUGCGGCGCUACUUUGUGGCGUACGAUGGCGAUCUCGUUCCGGAUUACGACGCUGCGUCUGCGACACACACGCUAGCCGACCCCGAGGAGGGCAGCCAGGCGCAGAAAGUCAGCUCCAACUGGAUCUGGCAGUGCGUAAGGAAAAGACGAGUGGUUCCUCCCUGCUGAAGGACAGAACUGCCCUGAUGGGGCAGCGUGCUGCUUCUGGAAACAUUUCUUCUUGUGUAAUAAGGAAAAAAGUGGCCUUCAGACAUGUUCAUUCAGGACAAACUUUAUGAACUCGUGGCAGUUUAGUCUUUGAAAUGCUAUGCUACCAUGGUGUGGUAGAUCAAUAGCAACGUUUCCAGUACAAGCUUUCCAGUACCUCCAAAUCGGAUCAGUUUCAUGUGUUUUUUUUUUUGUCUUUUGGAUAGAUUUGGUAGUUCUGGGAUCAUGAUCUUAUGCAGAAGCUCAAUCUUUGAGCAUGUCAUGA